AGCCUGCCUGUGUGUCCCCUGAAAGCCAUGUGGGGCUGCCUGGUGGCCCUCGUGGGCCUGUUCUUCCUGGUGCGCUGGUACCGCGAGAGGCAGGUGGUGAGCCAGAUGCAGGACAAGUAUGUCUUCAUCACGGGCUGUGACUCGGGCUUUGGGAACCUGCUGGCCAGGCAGCUGGACAUGAGGGGCCUGAGGGUGCUGGCCGCGUGUCUGACAGAGAAGGGGGCUGAAGAGCUGAGGCGGCAGACAUCGGACAGAGCGGAGACGGUGAUCCUGGAUGUCACACAGACGGAGAGCAUCACUGCGGCUGCCCAGUGGGUGAAGGAGCGCGUGGGGGACAGAGGGCUCUGGGGACUAGUGAACAAUGCUGGCGUCGCCAUGCCUAUAGCUCCCAACGAGUGGCUGACCAAACAGGACUUUGUGGAUGUGCUCAACGUGAACCUGCUGGGGAUGAUUGAGGUGACUCUGAGCCUGCUGCCCUUGGUGAGGAAGGCCCGGGGCCGUGUGGUCAACGUCUCCAGUGUCCUGGGCCGCCUGUCCAUAAUGGGUGGCGGCUACUGCAUUUCCAAGUACGGUGUGCAGGCCUUCUCAGACUCACUCAGGAGGGAGCUCUCCCCCUUUGGGGUGAAGGUGGCGAUCAUUGAGCCUGGUGUCUUCCAGACCAAUUUAACAAGCAUGGAGAGCUUUCUGAGAUCCUUACAAGCUUCAUGGGACCAGGCCAGCCCCGAGGUCAAGGAGGUCUAUGGCCAGGGCUAUGCUGCAGCCUUCAUGAACAUUGGUGCAAGCCUCAACCCUCCGGUUAGGCAGGACAUUCACAUGGUGAGUGACUGCAUGGAGCACGCGCUGACGUCAAGACAUCCCCGCACGCGGUACUCCCCCGGCUGGGAUGCCAAGUUCUUCUACAUCCCUCUGAGCUACAUGCCCACCUGCCUGGUGGAUGCGAUAUUCCGUCGGAUUUACCCAAAGCCAGCCAAGGUCCUGUGAAGACACUAUUAAGACUGCUGAUGGUACAGAGCUGGGCACAGUGAGAGAGGGAGGGGGACAAACUGGGGAGAGAAGGGUA